AUACAAACACAAUACAACCCAACGAAAGCCCCCUGGAAGAUUUUUGUGCUUAAGCGAAAUACUUUUUUGAAAUUGCAACAACAAAACCUUUGACGAAAAUUAAAUACGUCCACCCGACUAGCUUGACAUACCCCAAGUCCGCCACACUUUAAAUGUAGUGUUAUCAGCCCAUUUGGUGCCAUCUACUGACUGCCAAUCGGUUUGUGUGGCAGGCAAAAAAGUUUGAGCAAUGCUAUACGUAUCGUAGCGGUAAUCGAACAAAGUUACAGUUGCAGGGAAGAAAAGCCGCCUGUUAGGAUGGAAUCUCAUGUUUCUUGUUAUUUGAGUUUCAAGCGCAGAAUGUGUUACUAUUUUAUCGGUAAUAUAAUUUUCUUAGUUUAGAGAGAAUAAGAGGUUUAUCAUAGUUCUACGAAAAAUGGCAAUUCACAGGCUAUUACUUGUUUUGUCUUGAAAACCACUUCAAAAAAACCAAUUAAAAUAUUUCUGUUUUCAAACAAAAAAAAUCAUAAAUAAUUAAAACUUCUUCAAAUUUAAACUCGCGAAUGUUUACAUAAAAUUUGAUGUGAUAUAGACGUGCUCGAGAAGUCAAUAAACACUUGGCUAGCAAGAGUUUAACAACCGAAAAAAAUCGUUAAAAAAUGAAAGAUAGUUAGGGAAGUGAUGGGUUCUAUAUCUAGUGUUUGCACAAAAAAACGAAUCAUUGACGUGACAAGUCAACGGAUAUUCACUGAAGAAGAAGUCAAUGUUUUACGUCGACAAUGGCCUGUUAUGAUGACCAAUGUGGACCAAAAUGCUGUCAAUUUGUUUAUGAACUUGUUUACAAUCAAUCGAAACCUGAUGACGAAAUUCGACUUUGCGGCUGGCUACUACUUUGAUGCCGAAAAGACGUUGAACGAUGCUCGCUUGGUAUAUCACGUGAGGCGAGUGUAUCAACUAGUUGAUAUGAUCAUUGGUGCAUUGGAUGACCAAUUAAAGUACAAUGAGGUUAUGAAAAUGAUUGAAGGUAUUGGAGAAGUGCAUAUGAAAUAUAAAAUCCAUACAGUAGAUUUUGAGGAUUUCACUGAAGCGUUCUUAAUGAACUUAGCAGAAGUUCUAAGAGGCACCUUUGACGAGAAAUCAAAAACAAUAUGGCGAAAAUUGAUUACAGAGAUUGUCUUUCAUGUGGGAAGCUACAACAGAAAUGAUCAAUUAAGUCGAUCGUCUUUGAAUGGAAAAAGAUAGGCUGCUAUCGUAACAACGACUUUAAGAGUAAAGCAAAGCAGGAAGAACACUAGGCGAAAAGAUGAGUCACUGUUGACAAAGAUCGAGUUUCGAUCAAAUUUUUCUACUAAAGUUCUAGCUUUGAAUGAGUGAAAUAAAGACCUCAGCUGGAUGUAAAGAAAUGUAUUGUUUGCUUUGAUUGUAUUAGAAAACUCUGUUUAGAAACAACUUUUCAAAGAGAAUAAAUAACUAGCAGUAGAAUAGAUUUUAUAGAAAAUUUGUGUGACUGUAUUCACUGAAAUAUUCUUCUUACGUGUAAACAUUUUUUUUAAUAAAGAAAUAUUUUUCACAUAUAUAUACAAGCUUCGUGUUCUUAAGA